AUGCGACUUCAAAGAUUAUCCUCAAAUAGUGAUUAUGAAAAGCUAAAGCAAUUUUCAGAAUGGAUUGCGAACAUAGGAGAUGGAGAAAUUCAGCGGCAAACAAUUGGAUGUGAAAACAAUAUUAUUCCAGAAGAGAAUUUGUUGAAAUGUUCUGGAGAUCCCAUUGCAACUAUUAUGGAAAGUACAUAUCCAUCAUACUCCAAUAUUUUUUAUGAUCCAACAUACUUGGAAAAGAGGGCAAUAUUGGCUCCAACACUUGAUGUUGUUGACUCUAUCAAUGAAUAUAUGACUUCUUUAAACACAUAUGAAGGAAAUAUAUAUUUCAGCUUUGACAGUGCUUGCAAAUCAGAUUCAAAUGUUGAUCUAUUAGCUGAUGUGCACACACCUGAAUUUUUGAAUGAGAUCAAGUUUUCUGGUGUGCCUAAUCAUGAACUCAGGCUAAAAGUAGGUACUACGGUUAUGCUCUUGAGAAAUAUUGACCACUCAGUUGGUUUGUGUAAUGGGACAAGGAUGAUUAUUACUAAACUUGGAAAUCAUGUUUUAGAAGCAAAUGUAUUAUCUGAAAGUAGUGCAAGUCAUAAAAUCUUGAUUCCAAGAAUGUCAUUAGCUCCUUCAGAUUUGAGACUGCCUUUUAAAUUUCAAAGAAGACAAUUCCCUCUAAUCAUCUCUUAA